AAGAUGAUGAGGAUGACAAAGACCAAAAAGAAGAAAGGGGAUAAAUUCUGGAGCGAUGAGAUACUCGGAUUUGGGAGAAAAUAUGACUGAUUUAGUACUAUAUCAUCGAGGAUUUUGGGAGAGAAUAGAGAGAAAACAAAAAUGAGAGAGAGAGGGAAAUUUGAAUGUCAAGGUAUUUUUGACCACAAAAUGGUAGAAAGCAUACAAAUACAAAUGUAAAUGUGAUGAUUUUUAACUUUGUCCUGUAAAAAAAUUACCCCUAGUCGGAUGCAGAAGGGUCAAGUUUUCCUUUCAUAUAAUAAAAUGUGUCGUUAUUCGUUGGCAUAGGAGUCGGCGAAGGGAAGAUGUGUAUAGCGGCGUUUCUAUGGCAAACCCACCCACUGUACCCCUUCUUUCUCUUGCUCAACAGAGACGAGUAUCACAGCCGACCGACUGAGCCUCUGGGAUGGUGGGAAGGAGACGAAAUCUUGGGUGGAAAAGAUGGACUAGCGGGUGGGACAUGGUUGGCUUGUGCCAGAGAUGGUAAGAUAGCUUUUCUCACCAAUGUUCGAGAACUUACCGUGCUUCCACAACCCAAAACCAGAGGAGAUCUUCCACUUCGUUUCUUACAGAGCAAGAAGAGCCCAGUGGAGUUUGCGGAGGAACUUGUGAAAGAGGUAGAUCACUAUAAUGGAUUCAACCUUAUUUUAGUUGAUAUAUGUUCGAAUACCAUGGUUCAUGUGACCAAUAGGCCAAACGACGAUCAAAAGUAUGUGACCAACGUCUUGCCUGGAAUUCAUGUGCUGUCCAAUGCAAGUCUAGACACUCCAUGGCCAAAGGCUCAACGACUAGGUGACAGUUUCAAAGAGAUGUUAAACACGUAUAGUGAUGGUGAACUUCCAGCAAAAGAAAUGGUGGAGAAGUUGAUGACCAACACAAUUAAAGACGACUAUAGCUUACUGCCUGGCCUUUAUCCUCGAGAAAAAGAAUACCAUCUAAGUUCUAUAUUUGUUGAUGCAGUCAAUCCAUUAGGACGUUAUGGCACUAGAAGCACUUCCGCUCUGGCCGUUAGGACAAAUGGGGAGUUCAGCUUUUAUGAGAAGUCUCUCGACUCGGAGAAUGAAGAGUGGAAUGAAAAAACAAUAACUUUCCAUAUCAAUAGAAGGGAAGAAUAGAAAACCUUGAAACGGCAAGGUGACACAAGUGCAACCUUCACCGCACUUGCAGUAGGCCUUGCCAACUCCAGUGGAGACAACGCUCCUAGCGCAAGUGCAUGGGUUGCAGCCGCAGUGCUGUCCGCACGAGCACUUAAUAUGGUCAUCUCCACUACUCCCAGUACUUACCGUCUCUCCUGGUGUACACCUGUUUUCACAUAAUAAAUAUCGUUGGUUUGGUUUCUUACCAUCUACUUUCUGUCAAAAUAGUUUUCUUUCCCAUGUAUGAAUAUCUUAAUACUGUAGAGAAAAUCUAGGUGUUAAAAUAAAACUAGACUCGCUGACCUGCAAGCCAGGCCACCAGGGCAUGGCAAGGUACAUCCACACUUGUCGUCGCAGACUUUGAUAUUUCCCGCCGUGUCACUCAUUUUCAGGCCUCCUUGCAGCAACUUCUGGGAUGAUUCUUGGUACUUAUGUAAAAUAUAUAUCUACAUAUUUAUCUAUAUCAUGAUAGUACUUUCCCUGAAUUUGUUGUUAAUUUAUUGAAUUUAAUCAGAGGUGGCGAUGGUUUUUCAUGCAA